UCACGCCUUUCGAUCCGCUUGAUAAUUCAGCGUCACCUCCAACACCUUCACUGUCGCCCUUUCCUCUCAACCGUUUCCCAUGGCGAAAGUUGGCGAUGCUUCAAUGAUCGUCGCGGUAACCUUCGGCCGAAGCUCCUUCAUUGGAAGAUCUAUCGUUGCCGCCCUCCUCGGUGAUGGUCGCUUCACAGUCCGCGUCAUCGACCCCCUCCCGGCUCCGGAUCCAACCCCUUCAUUGUCGCCCUUCUUCCAAUCUGGUCGUGUGUCCUACCACCAUGUGGAUCUUCGACGCCAAUCUCCUUCGCUCCUCACAGUCUUCACUGGCGCCAACACUGUUUUCCACGUUGACCCCACUGUGACAACCCUUCAGCCGCCGCCAGCGCGUUCCUCUGAUUUCCAUGGACUGCACCUUCUCCUGGUCCAAAGUACCAGAAACGUGAUCUCUGCAUGCUUGGAAUGCGGGGUACAGCGGUUCGUGUACAUCAGCUCCGCUGACGUGGUGGUUGGCGGAGCGAAGGAGGUUUGCUGCUGGGAUGAGUCGGCGGUAUACCCAGAGAGGUUCGUGGAUAGUUUGAGUGAGUUGAGGGCACAGGCGGAGGCGAUGGUUUUGAGGGCGAACAGAAAAGAUGGACUCUCUACUUGUGCGUUAAGGGUAAGCAAUCCAUUUGGACCAGGUGAUGACACUCUGGUGCCGUUUCUUGUACGUGGAGCCAAGGAAGGAUGGGCCAAGUUCAUAAUUGGAAAUGGUCAAAAUUUAUGGGAUUUCACAUAUAUUGAGAAUGUGGCCCAUGCUGGUAUCUGCGCAGAGCAGGCUUUACGUUUGAGAACUCCUUAUGUUGCUGGAAAGCCAUUUUUCAUUACAAACAAAGAACCUAUGAAACUUUGGGAUUUCUUAUCUAAUAUGUUGGAAGGCUUGGGAUACCAAAGGCCAAGCAUCCAUCUUCCAGUCAACAUUGUCUUGGCUCUUGCUAAGGUAGCCAGAUUCUUUCAGGAGAAGUUGCUUUCAUGCAAAACCUCCAAUUCUUUUGUUACUGCUUCCACAUUUCGAUCAUUUACAGGCACAAGGACCUUUGAUUGUUCUAAUGCUGAAAGAGUUAUGGGAUAUUCUCCAGUUGUUUCACUAGAGGAUGGCGUUACAUUAACUAUAGCAUCAUUCUCACAACUAGCUAAUGGCUCUGCUGAUGUGGACCAGCAAGAUCUGACCAAACCAUCAAAAGCUGAGAAACUACUUGGCAAUGGAAGUGUUGCCGACAUAUUAUUGUGGAGAGAUGACCGGAGGACUUUUUCGUGCUUACUCGUGUUGUUUCUGUUGCAUUACUGGUUUUUCCUUUCUGAAAGAACGUUCAUCUCAUCAGCUGCUAAACUCCUAAUGUUGUUUAUGCUCAUUCUUUUUGUCUAUGGAUAUUUGCCUACCUCAAUGCUUGGUUUUUCCAUUGAAAAGAUGUCGUUGUCAUCUUUUGAGGUCUCUGAGUUGGCUGCCACGAAUUUUUCAAGUACUGUAGCAUCUCUAUGGAAUCAAAGCAUAUGUAUGCUUGAUGCAGUGGCACAUGGAGAAGACUGGGGCGUCCUUUUCAAGGUAGCUGGUUAUUUAUCUCUUUUCAAGCUACUAUUGCUAUUUUCGUUACCGGCUGUGAGCGCCGCAGGGUUGGUCUGCUUGUUUACCUUCUUCAUUGUUUACGAACAAUGUGAAACGGAGAUAGAGAACUUAACUGCAGCUGGCGCUCGUGGAUUAGAUAAAAUGAAGAGUUUACUGAUAGCCAAAUUGCCCUGUUCGAUGGCGAAAAAUGUUUAGUAAAUUUUUGGCACAGGUAUCACAUAGUGCAUGAUUAUAAUUGGAUGGAUGAAAUAUGAUAAAACCUUUGCCUAAUGCUUGGAUUUUGCCAAGUCAUCUAUCAAGUUACUUCAUA